AUGAUUGAAAUGGAGAAUAAAGAGGAACUAAUUUCUUCCCUAUUUGCCAAAGCAUUACUUUUAUUAGAAUUAUUUUAUGAUAAUGAAAAUGAUUAUAAUCUUUAUAUUAAAGAUAUUGAAAGAUACUGUAUAUUGCUUCUGACUAAAUAUUCUAUUAAAAAAUCAACACUUCGAUUGCAAGAUGAUGCAGAAAAUGUUCUAUCGUGUUAUAAUGAUAAACAAUUUAAGUCACAAUUUGGGAUGAAACGAUCAACAUUUGAUUAUAUUUUGAAUAUUAUAAGACCAUCAUUAAUAAGGUCAACAUGUGGGCGUAAAAGAAUAUCACCUAAAAAGCAAUUUUUAAUUGCUCUAUGGAAAAUGGCUACUUCAGAUCCAUAUCGACCUAUUUGCGAGAAAUUUUAUGUAGGCAGAGCCACAGCAUUAAUGGCUGUGAGAAGAGUAAUCCAAGCAAUUGCUCAACGAGCUCAUCUUUUUGUGAAAUGGCCAAAAGGUAAUAGAGCAAAAGAAAUUAUUAGAGGAUUUGCUGCAACCAGUGCUUUUCCUGGAAUAAUAGGAGUAGUUGAUAACACACAUAUUAAAAUUAAAACACCACAUAUCAAUCCUGAUUCUUAUGUUAAUAAAAAAAGACAGCAUAGUAUACAAUUGCAGGCUGUUUGUGAUCAUGAAUUGCGAUUUACUCAUUGUCUUGCUGGACAUGUUGGUUCCGUCCCUAGUCAAAAAGUAUUUCGCUUAUCUGAAGUUUGUCACUACUUAGAUGAUCCAGAAAAAUUUAGUAAUGACAGCCAUUUAGUGGGUAAUGCAGCUUACACAAUUCAUGAACAUUUAAUGACACCCUUUCGAGAAAAUGAAGAUCUAACAGAUAGGCAAAAAAACUAUAAUUUUUGUCAUUCAUCUGCUGAAAUUACAAUUAAACGAACAUUUGUAUUACUCAAAAGAAGAUUUCAAAGCUUACUUAAAACUUUAGACAUGGAGCGUAUAGAUUUGAUCCCAGAAUUUAUUAUUGCAUGUUGUGUUUUGCACAAUAUUUGUUUAUUGCAAAAUGAUGAAUUUUCAAUUGUGGAAUCAGAUGUUUUAGAAACUAAUAAUGAUAUUGAAAUAGUAACUAAAAAAAGAAAUACCAAUGCAGGCGAUAGAAAACGGGAUAAAAUUUGUAAUGAUUUAAUAAUGAGAAAUGUCUGAAAAUAUACACCAUUUAUUUUUUUUGUAAUGAGAUUAUUGUA